AUGAUUUUAUACAUUAUUCCUCUCUUUCUUCCAUAUUUAUUUGCAUAUCCAUGUAGUGAAAUAACUUUUCAAAAAUCAUUUACUUUUGAAGAGGUAGAGGAGUGUAUUAACGAAACAUCUAUUAACCAACUAGAAAUUGAGGGAAUUAUUAAUGAUUUAAAAGAAGCGGCUCAAGCUUAUGUCCUUACUGAUAUUAAUAACUCUUCGAUUAAAGAGCAUCCAAUAGAUUUAAUUCAACAAAUUAAUGAAAUAAAAACAGAGAAUCAAACAUUAUUUUCAUUCUUUCAAUCUAUAUUUUUUACAUUUCAAACAACAUUUGAUCCAUCACUAACAUUAAGAGUACCUGAAUCUUCAUCAUUUAAUGACUUACUAGGAAUAUAUGAUAUUUUAUUUAACUAUAACAUAAAUGGAAUUUAUAUUACACCAAAUACUAACUGUGAAUUAUUUGGUAUUAAACCUUCAAUUAUAGAAAAAUCAUAUUUGACUUCUAUUAAUGAUAUCGAUCCAAUAAAAUUUUUGUUAUCUUUUGCUAAAAAAUAUGGAAGUUAUAUUAGUCAGCAUGCUCAAUUAUCAUGGGUUUUAUCUUCAAUUUCAAAUAUUAGAUUAUCAAAACUUCCUUUAUCAUUUGAUGAUUUAAAAACACCAUUAAAAUUAACAACGAAUAAUGGAACAAUAUAUACUCUUUAUUAUCAAUUUGUUAAAAUAGAACCUAAUUCAUUUAAUGAAUUAUCAGUUAGUUCUUUUAAAAGAAAUGAGUGUUAUGUAAUGAAUGAAAGAAGAACUAAUGUUUUAAUACUUUCUUCUUUUGAAACAAACGAUAUUAAUAAUCUUAAUGACUGCUUAAAAAAAUUUGAUUCUAAUUCUUAUCCUAUUGGUAUUGUUCUUCAACAACCAAAAGUGUUUGGAAAUAAUGAAGUAGCAGCAAGUUUACAUCAAUCAAUAGUAUUACAUGAUGACACUAGAUUAAUUGGGUCAUUUAGAUAUUUUGACACAAUGAAUUUAUUUUAUAAAAAAGAAUUUAUUAACCAAUUUAAAGACUUUGAAUGUAAACAAAUUAAUAUAGAAGAUAUUGGUUCACAAUUAGAUUCUUUUAAUAAUAUGACUCAUCAAAGAACAGAAAGUAUUCUUUAUGUAUUUAAUAGUUUAACAAAAACAAUGAGUUCUUUACGUAAAUCAAAUGAUAUUGUUAUAUUUUCAGAUGGACUAUGUACUGGGGUAUGUAGUCAUUUUGCACUUGGAUUGGUUUUAAGAGGAAGUUCAAUAAGUGUUACAUAUGGGUAUGAAGGAAAUGAUAAUAAAGUAAGAAUUUCACAAGGUAGUACAUUAUCAAUGCAAGAAACUGAUUCAAGAGAAUUAAAUAAUCUAAAAAGAAAUAAUUUAAAAUUAAAUCUACCAGUAUUUGAAAUUUAUGAUUAUCAUUAUAAUUCUUCUGAAAGUUUUCCAUUAGAACUUAGUAAUAUUAUUCCUGAUUUUCAUUUAAACCGUGGACAAUUUUCUUCUGUUAAUGAUAUCAUUACUGAAACAUUAAGAAUAAUUGAUAAAUUUCAAAUACAAUGUAAUGAAUUAAAUGAUAGAAUGAAAUAUGAUUCAAUUGAAUGUAAUAUUUAUGAAUCUACUUCUCAUAAAUAUGGAGGAUUUAAAUGUAUUAAUAAUUCUUGGUCAAAUAAAUGUGAACCAUCUUAUUGUGAUUAUAAUUAUUUCCUUGAUUCUAUUACAUUAAAUUGUAUUAAAAAUUCUUGUGUUAAUAUCGAUGAAAAUGAUGAAGAUACAAAUAUUUCUAUUUUAGUUUAUGUUGGAGUUUCAUUUAUUAUUUUAAUAUCAAUGUUGAUUGUAUCAAUAUUAUUGGGAAUAUUUAUUCUUUUUAUGCACAGACAAAAUCAAAAGUUAAAUUAUAAUCAUUUUUAA